CGAGCAGCCAGAGGAGGCUGUUCAUCCUUUGGGGCAUUUACUGGUGGAGGAUCACCAGCCAUCCAUGGUUGCUUCUGACAAGGACAGCACAGAAAGUGAGAAACAACCACCACCGCCAUGUCCUUCAGUCCAACAGCAAAAACCUAUGUUGGGUUGUGCUGGAAAUGAGGAAAGUCAGGAUGUUUCUACCAGUUCCAGUAUAAUUUCAAUAAACUACUGUCCACCAUCAUCUAAUAUCCUGUUGAGGGAGUUGCCUCAGCAUUAUCAUCCCUGGUUACGUAUGGAAGAUCCAUCCACUGAAGACAUUGAUGAUAUUUCUGGCGAUUCCCCUACAACAAAUGACCAAAGUGAUUGUAGUGAUGUUGAUUAUUAUUUUCACAAUCCAAUAAAUCGUUGGGAUGAUCACUAUCGAUUUAUCCAUGGAAGAGACAGAAGAUAUUGUGGCCCUAUAAGGAACUUUAAUGACCAACGUGAUCAUAGUGAUGGUGACUAUAAUUUUGACAAUCCAAUAAAUCGUUGGGAUGAUCGAUAUCAAUUUCCCCAGGGAAGAGGCAGAAGAAAUUGUGCAAAUUCAUGUUGUUGUAAUGCUAGAAGAAAUCAUUGGGAUGGUGGUUAUCCAUUCUUGCCUGGUUUCAUAAAUCUACGCAACCCCAUGGCUUCUGUUAAUAUUGAGCAUGGGAGUCGCUGGUCCUCUCCUGAACGAGACCAUGGAAAGAAAAGAUACAAUGUGGGUGCCGCACUUUUCAAUCCUCAUCGAUGGACAUGUUUUCUUAAUUGUAUCCUCCAGUGUAUGGUUCACACCGUUCCUCUUGUGUUGAAGCUUCAGAAUGCCUAUCACCCAUAUCCAUGUCCCCGUGCUUCCAUUGGAUUCUGCUGUUACUGCUCGUUAAAACUGCAUAUUGAUGAAUCUAUCAGGCUUUCCGGAAGUGCUUUCUACCCCGAUAGUUUUGUCAAUUGCCUGAGUUCCAUAUCACCAGAGUUUACGAGUUUCGUACAACAAGACGCGCAUGAGUUUCUCCGCUGCUUGCUUGAAAAAUUAGAUGAUGCCUCGGUUGCUCCCAUGUCCUCAUUGGAGGAACCCUCUUCAACUGAAGAAGGUAGCGUUGCAAAAGAAAUCUUUGGAGGCCGCCUAAAAAGUCAGUUGCGUUGUGUAGAGUGCAACCGUUGCUCAGAUAAAUAUGAGCCUUUUCUUGAUCUUAGCCUGGAGGUUAACAUGGUGGACACUCUGAUGGAUGCAUUUCAAUCUUUUACAAAAGUUGAGUUGAUUGAAGACUUCAUGUGUGAUGGAUGCCAAUCUCGUGUGAACAUGGAAAAGCACCUCAAGGUAGAGCAGGCGCCAGAAGUUCUUGUAAUCCAUCUCAAGCGUUUCAUUAAUUCUGGAGUAGAUAUAUAUAAGAUUUGGAACAAGGUCGAGUGCCCGUUAGAGCUGGAUAUAAAUCCCUUCGUGAGCCCCUCGGAUGAUACAUCUCAAAAGUAUGAUUUAUAUGGAGUUGUAGAACACCUUGGCCAAUAUGGCAAGGGUCAUUAUGUUUGUUAUAUCCGAUCAUCUGAAGCUGAUUGGUACAAAUUCAAUGAUGAUAAGGUAUCAAGAUUUUCUGAGGAUGAUGUUUUGAAUGGUAACGCUUAUAUUCUUUUCUAUGCCAAGCAAGGUUCAUCCCCAUGGUUCUCUACCUUACUUGAUAGAGAGGACAAGGUUCCAUUGGAUAGUUCAGAACGUUUGGCAGAAGAAGGUUUUAGCGAACUUGCUCUUCUCAACAACAAAGAAGAGGAGUCCACAUCUCAUGGGCAAGGUGGUCCAGAUUACUGCUUAGGUGGACGAGCAGAGGAGAAUGAAUACAUGCCUAGUUUGCCGGACUUCUCCCAACAUUUACAAAGAGAUGCAAAUGGCAAUAUCUUGUUGGAUGCAGUAGAUAAACUGGAAGGUUGCGUGCAGGGAGGCUCACAGCGAAAGAAUGAGGACAACCGCAACUUACUCCAAUUGUCACAUAAACACGAAGACAAUUACGAUCACACGAAUUUCUCCCUGCAGGAAGAUGAAAUCGUGGGUUCUUCUAGAGCAUCAUCUAUCCGGAUGUGCACCCCGGAGAAGAAAACAACUGUAGAGUCCAUCUCCAAUCAUGAGUUGAGAAACGGCAACAACGGCACUAAUGGUGGGGAAGAAGGCAGAGGAGGAGGGGGUAAGAAGAGGAAGCGGAGGAAGCCCCCGUCUGCAGAUGGUGAAUCGAAAGCAUCAAGGAGGAAGCACCGCGCCGUGGCAGAUGCGAGGCACUUCCAUCUGUGUAGGCGGAGAGCGUGGCCGGUUGCUGCAAAAUUGAACAAGAGGCCAAGGUAGCUCAGCUGCACCUCCCGACAUAUCCGCGAAAUUGAACGGAGCAGCCUUGAGAUUGAGAUGUACAUAUGAACCGAAAGGUCGUGACUAAAUACUGCAUUUUGGGCAUCGAUUGUGACUCAGCCCGACCGCCUCUCCGCUUUUAGUUCCGUCCCUCUGGUCCACUUGCUUACCAGCGCGUUUUUAUCAAUAGCCAAUUUACGUCACGAUUUCGGUCGUUAAUCUCUGCGUCUUAGUUAUUCCAGUAGUCGCCUCCCAGCUCUAGUUCAGGACCCAUGCAUACACCUGCGCUGGAUUAUGUUUUGCGUUGUCUCCUGUUACAUUUGCAGUUGUACGAUUUAAGAUGGAAGAUUGCUGCCAU